AUGUCCACGCCGUCAAGUCCGCCACUUUCCCCAACCCGAUCUCGUACACCGCUCCCCCGUCAAAGCACGUCGACGCCCCUCCGCCCGACGUCUCCGACUUCCAUACACUCAAGUUCCACUCCGACAGGUGCAUUCUCUCCACGGCGGUCAUCCAACCCCAGUCCGCUCGUACACAACGGCCCAUUACCGUCGACGCCACCCCCGGGAGAUCGCCCAAAGACCCGUGCACGCGACCUGCUCAGGAAACACUAUGGCUUGGGCGUAGGUCCGCCUCCGCCGUUGCCGGGGAAAGCGGAUCCCAUGGACUUAGGUGAGGGCGCUGAGCGGAGAGAAAGGAAUUACGAUACAUGUUCUGACAAAAAUCGGCGGUCGUCCGAUGCAGAUUCCACUGCCUUCGAUGCGAAGUCGUAUUACGAGCAACUUAUUACGACUUCGUCUCUGCCGACUCUGAUCAGGCGGGAGAACGAAUUACUGACUGAGAUUAGACAGCUGGAUAGCGAGCGCCAGUCACUCGUGUACAACCACCAUCACGAGCUCAUUGCCGCUAGUGACACUAUCGCCGCCAUGAAAUCACGAGCAGAAAAUCUCGACGCAGAUCUGGACCUCCUGAGGGCUGCAUUCUCUGAGAUUUCACGUUUGUCCGCAGAAAUCACUGGAGAACACUCGUAA